AUGAAUGGACUUCAAACCUAUCUCUACCCUAUCUUUCUUUUCGGUUUAUUUUAUUUCACGGUAAUAAUCUUUUACCGGUUGGUACUAAGCCCCUUGGCAAAAUUCCCAGGCCCUCGUCUAGCAGCCGCCACGCGCCUCUAUGAGAUCUACUACCAACUGAUCAAAGGAGGUACAUUUACCUGGCAUAUUAAUGAUCUCCACGACACAUAUGGCCCUGUUGUUCGAAUAACCCCAUGGGAGAUCCACAUAAAAGACCCCGACUACUAUAACACAGUCUACGCCGGCCCAGGAAAACACCGCAACAAAGAUCCCCUAUUCAGCGGCAUCGGUUAUCCCAAGUCAAUCUUCUCACUCAAUUCUCACGAAUCACAUCGACCCUGGAGAAAGAUUUUAACGCACUUCCUUAAGAAAGGAGCUGUCCUUGAGCUUGAACCAGUGAUUCAAGCAAAUACAAAUUCUUUGUGCAAGCACUUUUCCGCGGCGGUCAAGGAUAAGAACGUAUUGGAGUUGCAUACUGCUUUUCACUGUUUCUCUAGUGACGUCCUCUCCCAACAUGCUUUUGGUGACGACCUUGGCUUUCGUUCCUUAGAUGAGCCACAACUCAAGGAUACUUGGAAGAAGAAAGUGAAUUCAAUGUUUGAGUUCUGUCGACCGGUCCGACAUUUCAACUUCAUGGGUGAAAUAGCACACCUGGUGCCGCAUCUGGUUUCAACGGCACUUCCCCAAUAUGCACAUGUCUAUGCGAUGGAACAGGAUGUGAGAGGUCGAAUUCAACAGAUAAUCGCUCGAUACGAUCAAUGGGAGGUUGAAAUGCAGUCAAAUAAUCAUGUGGCAGAGAAGGGACGUUUCUUAGAUGACCCAAAAGCUAUCUAUCCUGCUAUAUUGGCCAAUCCAGAAGUGCCGAUGCUUGAAAAAAGUCAAUCCCGACUGGAAGAUGAUGCCAUCUUUCUCAUGCUUGCGGGUACAGAUGCCCCGUCACAAACCCUUGCCAUCACCAUGUUCCAUAUACUCAACAAUCCUGCAACGUAUCAGAGACUCAAAGAGGAACUCUUUGCUUCUUUUCCAGAUGUGACAGUCACUCCAUCCAUCGAUCAAUUGGAGCGAAUUCCCUAUUUGACUGCAACAAUUAGAGAAGGUCUUCGGCUCUCCUCCGUGGUUACGACCCGACUUCCUCGCUCCGCGCCAGAUGAAGCUUUACGGUAUAAGCAAUGGGAUAUUCCAGCUGGAACAUUUGUCUCGAUGUCCACCUACUUUAUUUUGAGGGACCCGGCUAUAUUCCCUGAGCCUGACAGGUUUCUACCUGAGCGAUGGCUACUUGAGCCAGAGGAGCUGCGCAACCUUGAGAAAUAUCUCCUUCCGGCAUCAAAGGGAACACUGGGUUGUCCAGGACAAACUAUGAACUGGUCAUGGAUGCAUCAUCUUAUAGGGGCUCUUGUGCGCCGAUUUGAUCUAGUUUUGCAUGACACGACGGAGAGAAAUGUGAAGAUGGUUCGAGACAACUUUAUUGGACAGACUGAGAUUGGUAUGAAUGAUGUCCGUGUGAAGGUUCUGGAGGAACAUCUACCAUUUCCCGCUAAUCAAGCCCUCUUCGACCACCUCCACACCCACCCAGAAGAUGUCACGAAGCUUAGCGCAACCUACCCCCGGCGAGGAUCUCUGCGAGAGUCGCUAGCUCCUCAUGGCCUGAGCGAUGUCCUCGACUUUUUCAACAAUACAAGUACGCAGUAUGUCCUCACCAAACUUUCAUCGCUCAGCAUCCUUGCCCGCCCCAAUCAGUCCACGGCACACAAAUCCUACAACAUGAAGUACCGUCUCUGUGACUACAACCAUGAAACCGCGGCUCCGGAAUCACUACAUGAAUGCGAAGCCCACACGGACUACGAGAUCUUCUCGAUCAUCUUCCAAGAUGUGCGUCGGUUGAGCGCUGUCUUAUUUGUUGUUCCGGAUCUUGAUGUGAGGAUGAAGCCUUCGGAUGAUCUUCAGCCCGUUCGCGCUUUUUCUGAUAUUAUUGUGCGGGGAAAGUUGAACGUUAAGUCUUUCAAGGAAAUUAUGGGGAAGCAAUGGCAGUACCGGGAAGGGAAUGAGGAGAUGAAGAAUACCGACUCCGUCUCCCAGGAUAAUGAGAUUGAGAAGAUGAUUUGGGCAUAG